AUGUUGCUGCACAAUUUGCUUUUCUACUUUGAGAAUAGCAAAAUAGAAUUAGAAAAAGAAGUUGACCCAGACAAGUACACUUACUUGGACAUGCUAGAGACAUGCUCAAAACAGCUAGAUAUAUAUACUGUUGGGAUGCACAUCAUGUAUGGGGAUGAGAUGCGGGUUACAUGUGAUGCUGAUUUGCUUCAAAUGUUUCAAGGAAGUCAUAAUGAAAUGAAUAUUCAUAUCUUUGUGUACGAGGAUAAGUCAAUACGCCCAGUUUCCUUCAAGUUACCAAAACAUAUCGAAGGAUCAGGAAAAGAAAUGGGAGAUCAUGGUCAUGAUGAUUCAGUUAGUAUUGGAUGCGCAGACAAUACACUAAUUGAUAAAACUGCACCACAGCCUAAUGAAGUCGAACCGCAUCCACAUCAAUCACCAAUAAAAAAGAAAGGACGAGUGGAAAAUGAUGACAAACAGAGAAGAGUUCGAGGAAUGAACAAGAACAAAAGAGUUGCAGCUCUGAAAAAUGAUGACCGACUAGAAGUAACUUUCUACAAAAAUCGAGCUGUUGGACCUAAUCAUGAGGCUUUUUCAAGACACUUGGGACGGAUUGUUCGUGAUUUUAAUAUUUGUUCUGUUAGAGUUCAUAGUUGGAAGGAAAUUGGAGAACAAGAGAAGAGCCACAUGUGGGCUGCAAUUAAGGAGAAGUUUAAAAAUGAUAAUAUGGAGGAUCACCGUAAAGAUGCACUUUGUCACAUGCGUUCCUUGUGGAAUAAUUGGAGGUCCUUAUUGAAUAGAAAAUAUAUCAAAUCGUACAAUAGUGUACAAGACAUUCUAAAGAAAAAACCCAUUGAGAUUCAAGAUCAAGAAGAUUGGGAAUGGCUUGUCAAAAAUCAUUUUCAAGCUUCAUCCUUCAAGGUAAACAGUCUUGAUUUUCUUUGGUAA